AUGGAUUAUGGACUAGUAUUUGGGCUUUGGAUUACUAAUGUGAAUGGACAACAUGAACAAAGCAUUAUUCGAGGGGGGCCUAAUGAUUUUAGCGAAUACGGCGACGAGUGGGGAGGAGUUGGUGGCGGUAGUCAUUUGAUUUCAGUGGUAGUGCUAUACUAUGGCUCACAGAGGCUAAAUGAAAAAAGUGAUGUGUAUAGCUUCGGGGUGGUUCUUCUGGAGCUCAUAACCGGCCGGCCUUCUAUCAUACGAGGCAAUGAAACCGCGUACAUAAUUACAUGGGUUACUCCUAUGCUUGAGAGAGGAGAUAUUCAUAACAUCGUCGAUAAGAGAUUAGAAGGAAAUUUCAGCACCAACUCGGCAUGGAAAUUUUUGGAGAUUGCUAUGUCUUGUGUAUCAUCUCUUGGUAUCCAAAGGCCACACAUGAACCACAUUUUUACUGUCCCAUCUGAAGAACAAGUAAAAAGAUAG